AGGGUACAGUGAGAAAAAGCUUCCACUCCAGCUAGGCGCUCAGUCCGGCACAGACGCUCGAAGCUGCCCUCCGAGCAACCACUUCUCCGCAGUUUCUUUUGGGGGUUUUGUUGGUAGACAAACUAUAAGCAGCCAUGGAUGCCAUCAAGAAGAAGAUGCAGAUGCUCAAACUGGACAAGGAGAAUGCCUUGGACAGAGCAGAGCAGGCUGAGGGAGACAAGAAAGCAGCUGAGGAGAGGAGCAAACAGCUCGAGGAUGAUCUGGCAGCUCUGCAGAAGAAGCUGAAGUCAACUGAGGAUGAACUGGACAAGUACUCCGAGGCCCUUAAAGACGCCCAGGAGAAACUGGAACUGGCUGAGAAGAAAGCCACUGAUGCUGAGGCUGAUGUAGCCUCCCUGAACAGACGCAUCCAGCUGGUUGAGGAGGAGUUGGAUCGUGCCCAGGAGCGUCUGGCCACCGCCCUGCAGAAGCUGGAGGAGGCAGAGAAGGCUGCUGAUGAGAGCGAGAGAGGCAUGAAGGUCAUUGAGAACAGAGCCACCAAGGAUGAGGAGAAGCUGGAGCUGCAGGAGAUCCAGCUGAAGGAGGCCAAGCACAUUGCUGAGGAGGCUGACCGCAAAUAUGAGGAGGUGGCCCGUAAGCUGGUGAUCAUUGAGGGAGAUCUGGAGCGUGCUGAGGAACGUGCUGAGCUGAAUGAGGGAAAAUGUUCUGAACUUGAGGAAGAGUUGAAAACUGUGACCAACAACAUGAAGUCACUGGAGGCCCAGGCUGAGAAGUACUCACAGAAAGAGGACAAAUAUGAGGAGGAGAUCAAGGUCCUCACCGACAAGCUGAAGGAGGCUGAGACUCGUGCUGAGUUUGCUGAGAGAUCAGUAGCCAAGCUUGAGAAGACCAUUGAUGACCUGGAAGAGAAACUGUCCCUUUCUAAAGAAGAGAACCUCAACAUGCGGCAGAUGCUGGACCAGACUCUAAUGGAGCUAAAUAGUAUGUGAGGGCCGGGGGUGUGUGGUGUGUAUCUGCCAAGCACACCAGCCCCCCCCCAAGCCACUUCGAGGGGACGGACACCACCCGCCGCUCUAUGCUGUUGUUCCCACUUCAGUAGGUAGGGGGGUGUUGAGAUCCACUGUCCCCUACCGCAGAAGUCAGUCAUUCAUAAAAUUGAAAUUGUAUGAAAAUGUCUUUUUUUUUUUUUUUAAGUUGACUGGUUAGAAUAGGUUAGACUGUGCAGUUUUCUCACAAACUCUGUUCAAGUGAGUAGACAUUUAAAAGCGAACAAAUGUGGAACACCUGUUUCAGCCAUAACAGGCAUUCAUGAGUGAUUUUAGCAAGCAAGAUUGGCAGAAUUUGCACUUAAUUUGGGAUUAAUUUACCAUUACUGACAUAAAUGUUAGCCAAAUUCUCACUACAUACAAGACUGUCUGUUUCUUUGUGCCCUUGUGUAUGGUGUGAAAGUUAAUGUAAGUAUGAAGAAUCUCAUCUUCACACAGACCAAAGGUAACUUGAUUUGCCAAAACGCUAUUUUUAAUAGCUGUGUACCAUUUAUUAUAAUUUAGGAAAGAAUUUACUCCAUUUUAUAUUUAUUUUACAUUAAUAUCUUGUUUUCGAUGGUAUGGAAAAUUAGCUGUCGGUGCAUUUUUUUUGUCUUGUCAUUUAUAAUUGUGAGGUCAUAAUUUCUUGCCUGGUGUAGUUUGUGGACAUAUUAAAUUUGCCCUUUUAAAUGUACAAAGGUAAUAGAUAACAAUAAAGCAAGUUUUUAAUAUUUUCUAAAGUUA